AUGCAGUUAACGUGGCAACAACCCCAGAAUUACCGCAACCGUCCGGUUGUCAUUCUCGGUGCAGGCGUCCUUGGGCGUCGGAUAGGUUGUAUCUGGGCCUCAGCCGGCUACGAAGUCCGCAUCCGCGACCCAAGCGAACAACAACGCGCCGACGGCCUAGCCUACAUCCAAGAGAACGUCGAUGAAUACGCACAGAAAACAGGCCAAAAGCCCGGCAAAUACUCCACACACCAAGACAUGAAAGAAGCCGUCGCCAACGCCUGGCUCGUCAUCGAAGCUGUCCCCGAGAAGCUCGAUCUGAAGAUCGCCACAUUCGCCGAGCUGGAAGCCCUCGCGCCAGAAGAUUGUAUUCUCGCGUCCAAUUCGUCCUCGUACAAGUCGUCUGAGAUGAUCGAGAAAGUCUCCGACGCGACCAAGGCCCGGAUCCUCAAUAUGCAUUAUUAUAUGCCCCCCGGCUGCAUGAUUGUCGAGCUUAUGACAAAUGGAUUCACAGAUGAGGGUGUUUUCCCGUUUAUGGUUGAGAGGUCGAAGGAGGCUGCGACGCUGCCUUAUGUUGCCAGGAAACAGUCGACUGGGUUUAUCUUCAAUAGGCUGUGGGCUGCUGUUAAGCGGGAGGUUCUGACCAUCUUGGCAGAGGGCGUUUCCGUCCCUGAGGAGAUUGACUCCAUGUGGACGGAGAUGUUUAUUAAGCCACGGAGUAUGCCGUGCAAGACUAUGGACCAGGUUGGAUUGGAUACUGUUGCCUUUAUCGAAGGUCAUUAUAUUGAGGAGCGCGGACUCUCGCCAGAGAAGACCGUUGACUUCCUGAAACGGAACUAUCUCGACGACGGUAGACUGGGUAAUAAGUCUGCCAAGGGUGGUCUCUACCCUCCCGUGAAAGAAGAGAAAGCUACCGUCAACAACGAGUCGACACUGCCCGAAUUAUUGGUGUUGGACAUCGGACUCUCCGCCGCCAACCCUACCACCACAUCGGGCGAGAUACUGAAACUGUCAUCAGAUGGAAAGAUCCAAAAGGUUCUUGCGCCAAACCAGUCCCUGCCAGAUGGUAUUGUCGUGGACACCACCAUUGGUCGGAUGUUCUGGACUUGCAUGGGGGUGCCCGGAAAGGACGAUGGCGCAGUAUAUUCGGCCAACCUUGACGGCAGUGGUAUCCAGACUGUAGUCCCUCGAGGCAGAGUCAACACACCAAAACAAUUGACGAUCGAUGCCGAGGCGCAGAAGGUCUACUUCUGUGACCGUGAGGGAUGCCGUGUCUGGCGCUGUGGGUAUGAUGGCUCCGAUCUCGAGGCUGUGAUCGACAGAAGCACCUCCAAAGAUGCGUACGACAGUGCAAUUUCCCACUGGUGCGUUGGUAUCACUGUAGCCCCCAGCUUGGGCAAGUUCUACUGGACGCAGAAAGGCCCUUCGAAGGGCGGCAAGGGUCGCAUCUUCUGUGCCAACAUCACCACCCCGGAGGGACAAACGGGAGCCUCCAGGGACGAUAUUCAGCUGGUGCUCGGUGACCUUCCGGAGCCGAUUGACCUUGAGCUGGACGAGCAGUCUCAAACGCUCUACUGGACGGACCGCGGUGAGGUCCCGCUUGGUAACGCGCUGUUCAGGGCACAGCUGGAUGGGUCUGGUCUCCCGGUAUCGAUCAAACCGGGUCAGAAGUACGAGGUGUUGACAAAGCAUUUGAAGGAAGCGAUUGGCCUGAAGCUGGACCUCAGUAACGGUCACAUCUACCUUACCGACCUCGGAGGCAACAUUUACCGCUGUGACUUGGAUGGAAGUCAUAAGGAGAAGAUCUAUUCCGACGACUAUCGGGCGUUUACUGGAAUUGCCCUUCUGUAA